AUGAGGCUUACGGCAGACCUCAUUCGGGAUUCCCUUUCCUAUCUCAACCCUCUCAAGGAACGAGAGCUUGAUCUUCGAGGACACCGCAUUCCCGCUAUUGAGAACCUCGGCGCCGCAGGGCCACACGACUCAAUCGACUUUACCGAUAAUGACAUUCAAGUCCUCGCCAACUUUCCCCUCUCGCCACGCAUAACAACCCUACUGCUAGCGCGCAACCGGGUCGCCAGCAUCCACCCGACGAUUGCAAAGUCUAUCCCCAACCUGAAGAACCUGGUUCUCGCGUCAAACAAUGUCGCAGAGCUGGCAGACUUGGACAUCUUGGGAAAGAUGUCCCGUCUGACACAUCUGGUGCUGGUUGACAACCCUGUGACCAAGAGAGAAAACUACCGGUACUGGAUUGUUUGGAAAUGCCCAUCCGUACGCUUCCUCGACUACCAGAAAGUGAAGGAGGCAGAGCGGGAAAGAGGUCGCGAGCUAUUCGGCACCGAGGAGGAGCCGACUGCGCUCGCUGCCAAGAUUAUGGGCAAGAAGACGACGACUUUUGAUGCGCCGGCAAACGGCGACGCAGAACCGCGCUCGAAGCUCUCGAGAAUAAAGUUGACGGACGAAGAGAAGAGGAGACUACAGGAACGGAUCAAGAAGGCGACGAGCUUGCAGGAAAUUAUCGCGCUGGAGAAGGAGCUGAAUGAAGGACGCAUACCGGCUGGCGUUCUCGGGGAUCCUAUGGAGGAGUAA